ACCAUGAAGACAUCUACUCCAACAUGAUUUGAGUUAGUAGCGAAAGAUGUUAAUUUUUGAUGAAUGAGGCCCAAUCGCAGGAUAACGGGCCAAUAGAUUGAGGCGGAUGACAGAAAUAAACGCAACCCCUCACUGAAUUUGGAUCUUACAAAUCUAUCUAGGGUUUCAGCUUCCAACAUGAGUCUCACUCAAUUCUCAAUGCCUCUUCUCUCCAAAGUCCAAAGUUCGUUUUGACGAUUCAGCAAUUCACGAUCCAGUCACCAAAACUUAGCUCAAAUCUUAGCUGUGAUUCAAUCACGAUUCAGCUAUUCACGAUUCAGCUGCUCUUCUCUCCAAAACAUAGCCCAAAUCUUUGAUCUUCUUCCACUCGAGCUGCGAUUUUUUCUGCGGUGCAGGUUGAAGAAUUAGCAUAUCUUGUAAAGGACAAUCUUCCUUGCAAGCACCUCGUUCUUUCUAUGGAAGACAUGCUUGUUCAUUUCCUUCAGAAUGAAACAAGCUUAAAUGGGGUGCUGGAACUGGAGCCAAUGAACCCCUAUAAUCGUCUUCUUUUACACCGUCUUGCUGAUAUAUUUGGAUUUUCUCAUCAAUCUAUCGGUGAAGGAGAUGAUCGGCAUAUCGUUUUAAAGCGUUGUGAGGACACAUCAAUACCGUCCAUUCUAGUUGCGGAUUUGUUAUGGGAACAUGAGUCUCCAACUACAUCACAGCUUCUAACACGACCAGAGGAUGGUUCCACUGGGACAAAUUUGGAAACAUUAACUGCUAGGGUUUCUCUAGAAGAUAGAGAGUCAGCCUACCUGGCAGCUCGGAACCGGAUUUUCUCAACAGGAAAUGAUGAUGAUAUGGAGUCACUGAGGCCUCGAAAUAAUCCUGUUGUCGCCCGACGUAUGAUUGCUCAUGCGCUUGGCCAGAGAAUCAAACAGUCUAAUGACGGGAUAGGCAUCAAACCUCGUGACCAUGUGAAAAACCAAUCAAACAGUCAAAAGUCAACUGGUCAGCAACAGCAGUUAACCAGGAAGCUUGAAACUGAAGCAUCAAGGAAUGUUGGUGUAAAAAAACAUGAUACUAAUGUCCCGAAGCAUGAGGAACAUUUUGGAGCUGCAAAACGAAUAUUUGCUAAUGCCUUGAGAAUGCAUCCUGCUCUUCUUUCAAAGACUGAUAAAUCUUAGAAGGUGUUUGGUUUUUCAACUCAACGAAAAGCUGACCUCUUGUCUCGUAUGUGCUGCAAAGUAUGGAUUUUGAAGAAAACUUUACCGGCAACAGCAUCAACAUGUGAUGUUUCAAGAAAACAUAACAGCAGUUGAUACACACCAAUGUUUUGUUGUGUUUUUCCGUUUUUAAGUAUAAUAAUAAUAUUAUGGAGAUCGAAAGAAGAUGAAUCUGAUGACCUUUGUACAUGACUUGUACGUGCCUAAUCUUGAUUUUCAAUUGUUAAGUAUAAUAUAGUAUCUAUUUCACUACUA